GUUGAAAACUUGCUAAAUCAAUGGUUGAUUCAAGCGAUUCGGACUCGGGUUGCUUCGAAAUCAGACAAAACAAAAAACCCAUGAAGAGGAAGCAUGACGGCGAAGAAGAGAUUUCCGGUACGGAGGCAAUGCUGAGGAGGAGAAAGCAACCGAAGAAGAACACGACGCCCUUUCUAUAUUCUUCGUCUCCGACUUCAAAGAUGAUAUGGACCAAGAACCACGAGCUCGUCAUUCUCAAGGGUAUUGUGGACUAUGAAAAGGAGAAGGGGUUCAGCUACAGACGUGAUUGGGAUGUCUUCUACGGCUAUGUGAAAGGUUUGAUAGACGCCGAUUUCUCCAAAGCACAGCUUGUGAAUAAAGUCAAGAAGCUCAAGAAGAGGUUUAGUGAUAUCAAUGCAAGGUCCAAGGAUGGGAAAGGGCUUUCUUUUACGAGUACAGAUGACGAACAAGUGUUCAUGCUGUUGAAGAACAUUUGGGGCAAGAACGAAACGGAAUGUGCUUCUAACGAGGAUAUGCAGGAGGAGGAUCAACCAAAGGAGGUGAUUGUUUCGGUUAAGGAUGUGCCUUGUGCGGAUCAUGAACCUACGAGAAUGGAGAAAGAGGAUAAGUGUGAGGAGGAAGAUGGUGUGGUGGAUGAGUUCUGUGUUCUGCAAGACGCUCUCGAGGGCAUGACGGUGUUUAAGACUUUCGGUAAGAACCAACAGAAGAUGCUUUGUCGGAAUCUGAAAAACCUUCCGGCUCAAAGGAAGAAAGAGCUAACUGAUGAAUGGAAGGCUUUGUUUGAUGAGGAGAUGGAACUGAACAUCAAGAAACUGAGUUUCUCUGCAAAGCUAGCAAACGCGAGCGCUUGAGUUUCUGCUUAAUUCAAGAAGAAGGGAAAUGUUUAUGCUUUUUGGGAUGAUUGAACUGUUUUUAGCUUUUUCCUAUGACCACUAAUCAUCUUUUGUAAGCCAUGUUAAAAAGCUGUUGGCUUCUUUUGUUGAAACUCUAAUUUAGAAGGCUACUUAACUCUAUGAUGUGAUUAAGUAGG